AUGAACUUGAAUCCUCAGGCAAAAGUAGAUGUUGGUCUGCAGGAGGUUUUAGAUGAACAUAAGAUCAGCCUGAGAAAGAGAUGUGAAUAUGUGGCUGAAGGAAGUGGUGAAACAGGAAGUAGAACCCUCCUCAACAGGAUCUACACUGAGCUCUACAUCACAGAGGGACAGAGUGAAGAGGUUAAUACCCAACAUGAGGUGAGGCAGCUGGAGGCAGCCUCCAAGAUCAAGAGCCUUCAUGACACUCCAAUCAGGUGCCACGACAUCUUUAAACCUGACCAACAUGGAGCCAUCAGAGUAGUUCUGACAAAAGGUGUUGCUGGUGUUGGAAAAACCUUCUCAGUGCAGAAGUUCACACUGGACUGGGCCGAGGGCUUGGAGAACCAAGAUGUCAGUGUGGUGAUUCUGCUUUCAUUCAGGGAGCUGAACUUGAUCAGAGAUGAGCAGUACAGUCUUCUCACACUGAUCCAUGAUUUCCAUCCAACAUUAAAGAAGCUCCCAGCAGAGAAGUUGUCUGUCUGUAAACUUCUCUUCAUCUUUGAUGGUCUGGAUGAAAACAGACUUUACCUGGAUUUCACCAACAGAAAGUUUGUAUCUGACGUCACACAGAAGUCAUCAGUCAAUGUGCUGCUGACAAACCUCAUCAAGGGGAGUCUGCUUCCCUCGGCUCUGGUCUGGAUAUUAUCUAAACCUGAAGCAGCCAAACAGAUCCCUCCUUCAUGUGUUGACAGGGUGACAGAAGUACGAGGGUUCACUGAUACCCAGAAGGAGGAGUACUUCAGGAAGAGGUUCAUUGAUGGAGAUUUGUCAAGCAGAAUAAUCUCCCACAUCAAGACCUCCCGCAGCCUCCACAUCAUGUGUGGAAUCCCAGUCUUCUGCUGGAUCACUGCUACAGUUCUGGAGCACAUGUUGACCACAGAGCAGAAGGAACUGCCCAAGACCAUGACUGACAUUUACUCACAUUUCCUGCUGGUUCAGACAAAGAGAAACAAGAACAAGUACCAUGAAGGACAUGAUAGGAAGACCAGAAAAAGAAUUAAGAGGAAGAAAAACAAGAACCAUGAAGAGCAAGAGACAAGUCCCCAUGAGCUGACAGAAGCUGACAGAGAAGUCCUCCUGAAGUUGGGGAGGUUGGCAUUUAAGCAUCUGGAGGAGGGAAACAUCUUGUUUUCCCAAGAAGACCUGGAGAAAUGUGAACUUGAUGUCACAGAGGCUUCAAUGUACUCAGGAAUUUGUUCAGAGUUCUCUAAAGGAGAUUCAUUGAUUUUUAAGAAACCAGUUUACUGCUUUUUUCAUUUGAACAUUCAGGAGUUUCUGGCUGCAGUCUACAUGUUCCACUGUUUGCGCAAUUGGAACGUAACUGUAAUGAAGAAGUUUUUGGGAAAGGACUACAGUUACCCAUCAAUGGAUGACUUCCUUCACAGUGUCCUGGUGAAGUCCCUCAGAAGUGAAAAUGGCCACCUGGACUUGUUUGUUCGCUUCCUUCAUGGCUUCUGUGUGGAGUCCAACCAGAGACUCUUAGGAGGCCUCCUGGGUCAGACAGGUUACAGUCCAGAAAUCAUCCAGAGAGUCAUCAACAACUUGAAGAAGAUAAACUCUGGUGGUGUUUCUCCUGACAGACACAUCAACAUCUUUCACUGCCAGAUGGAGAUAAAUGACCUCUCAGUUCAUCAGGGCAUCCAAGAGUUCCUGAAGUCAGAGGACAGAUCAAAGAUAACCCUCCCAGAGAACCAGUGCUUAGCUCUGGCUGACAAGCUGCAGAUAGCGGUCUGGUACCAGUACCAGAACCCCCUGCCAGACGCCGCCGGUUUAAAAUAA